AUGGGUCUUUUACCAUUGCAGAAAUGCACAUCUGUUAUUCGUUUGUUGGCAUAUGGCUUUCCCGCUAACAUUGUAGAUGAGUAUGUUCGAAUCGGUGGAAGCACUUCAGUUGAGUGUUUAGAAAGUUUUGUUAGGGGCGUGAAUGUUGUAUUCGCGACCGAUUAUUUGAGAAAUUUUAACAACACUGAUGUUGAACAUCUUUUAUAA